GAAGAAUAGGGUACUAAAAACAUCCAAAUAUUCUACUUUUCAGUAAGAAAGGGGAGAAAAUAGAAGCAGGGAAGGUAAACAACAGGAAAUAGAACAGGGAAUUCUAGUUUUUGAAGAGAUGGAUUAACAGCUUUUUACUGCAGAUCACUUUGGCCCCAGGAGUAGAAAGCAAGUAACAGAGCUCCAGUUCUGCAUUCCCCCAGCCUCUACACCAGCACCAGUAGUCAAGGAACCCUUUUACCCUGCAGCUUCUUCCCAUAUCUCUAUCCUGCAUCUACUUAUACUACAAUUUGCCUUGAAACAUCAAGACUAAUCUCAUUAUGAUCUCUAACCCUACUUAUAUCACUCACUACAAGAAACCCAGGACUCUGGAGUCAUUCCAAAUCCUCCAACUCUCAUCCCCAUAUGGCUAAGUACAUCAUCUUUCAUGAACCAGCCCCCUCUCCCACUCGUCCCUCAAUUCCUGAAAUCCUUCCAUCAUAUCCUCUGGAACUCAUCAGCAAAAUCCCCUAUAUCUUCAACCUCUUGUCUGAAUGGUCCCUUCACCUUUUUGCUCUAAUUGAAAUCUAAGGGCUGAGGCCACUGCUCUCUCUACAGUCCUAUCUGUGGUUGUUUUCUCUCCCACACCCGUUAUACUACUGGGCCUGGGGGUAGAAGAAGGAGGUACUCACCUUGUACCUUCUCUCUGCUUCCGGGUUAUUCCCCUUUCUUCCUUCCCAAAAAAAGCCCCUGUCAGACCAUACCUCCACCUCCCCACCCCUCUGCUACAUUUAUCUGGAUAAGCUGGGUCACUUCUUCUCAAGCCUCAAAGCUUUUGGUUCCUACCUCACUGGUCUGUCAUAAUUCCAGGUGAUUUCAAAUGCUCACCUAGAUGACUCUUGUGAUACUCUGACCUCUCAGUUCCUUGACCUCCUCACAUGCAAUGAUCUUGUCCUCUACCCUACUUUAGCCACUCACUCCCUUAGUCAAUAUCCUAGAACUUGUCAAUAUGAUAACUACAGUCCUUCCAUGAUCUCCACUUCAUCUGCAUCCCGCUCUCCAAUCACCACUUCCCAUCUUUGCAGACUGCUCCUUCUAGCACCCCAACUCCAAGAACACUUUGACCUCAACAGAACUUACAAGCAAUUGAUCCCACCCCCUCUCCUGUCAUUUCCUACCUUAGCUUAGAGCUCAAGGUCCAUCAUUACAAUCACUCCCUUUCCUGCAUCUCAGACUUUUGCACCCUCCCACACUUUAUCAUACUUGCCUGGCAAAACACCUACCCUUGCUAAAUAUAAUUCCCUGUCAAACAACUAAACCCUUUAGGACAUUAAAGAGACAAGUGAUGUCAUAUCUGACUUUUGAACUCACAAUAGCUUUCUUUUUCCUCUUCCAGGGACGGUAUCUAGAGGCAUUCAGAGUGGUCCAGCAUUUGACAUACCGUUGUAGACUAUCCUACAAUACAGCCUCUAACAAAACUAGGCUGCCCCAAACCCCUGGAAAUAGAACUGUUUACCUUCAAACCAAAAAGGUUGGGAAAGCACCAAAAUCCACAUGUGGCGUGUACCCAGGCCAACUUCUAGGAGUUUGUGCUGUGAGACCUAAAGCUCUUAUGAGGUUGUCUAAAAUGAAAGAACAUGUCAGCAGGGCCUACUGUGGUUCCAUGUGUACUAAAUGUGUCCAUGGCAGGAUCAAGCGUAUUUUUCUUAUUGAGGAGCAGAAAAUCGUUCUGAAAGUGUUAAAGGCAGAAACACAGAGUCAGAAAACUAAAUUUUUAAAAUGAAGCUUU